AUGGGUUGUUCAUCCUCCAAGUCAGUUGGGGAAGCCAACCAUGACGCUCCCCGAAUUCCACUCCAGGCACAGCAGCCUGUGAGCAAUGCCGCGGUGCCCAAGACUGAAGGCAGGAACUACAUGCCCCAGGAGUCUCAAAACGGAUUAAAUAACGUGGCAUCGGCUUCUUCAAGGCCGUCUUCUCCAACUGACAUGCUGAAUGACAACAUUCGUAAAGAGUUCCUCCACACCAUUCACGCCAGCUUACACGACAUCCCCUAUACCGUCAUUGGAGGCAGUGCCUUGGCGGAACAUGGCAGUCGCCGAGAGACGGCAGAUGUGGAUGUACUUGUUGGAGAGGGAAUAUCGAAAGGCUCUGCAGAAGCACUGUUGGUUAAACGGUCACGCGGAAAAAUUGUCCGUCUAGGUCAAGGCAGACUUGGAUACAAUGCUACCAACGGCAAAACAUACCAACUGGAUCUGACAGCCGAUCACGAUGUUGAUCUUCCGUUCGACCUGGAUCGAGACACACAAGUCAUAAAGGGGGCAAGAGUAGCAACCUUGACCUUCUUGCUUAACUCGAAAGCACAUGCGUGGCAAACAAGAGUCCCCUUUGAGAGUGAAUACGCCAAUAAGCGUCAGAAGGACGUCCAGGAUAUUCGGUUCUGCUUGUCAUUGCUCAGGGGAUCGAGUAACAUUGACCGCAGCCGUCUGAACUGGGUGUACUGCCGGUAUUUCUGGGUCCCGUUUCUGCAGGAUAACCCACAACUAGAGCGAGCAUUCAGAGAAGCCGGCCUUUGGACCGACCAGGAAGACUUUAGCUCCGAAUCGUUUGUGAGCGGCCGCUCUAGCAGGAGUAACUGGAGCUCUGGUGGUAGUUUCAACAGUCGACCUGGUACGAUUGGUAGCCGACAAGGCAGCAUGAAUAGCAAUGCUAGCCACACGAGCAAUUGGUCGGCGAGAGGAACGGCAAUCCCGGUGCAUUAA